AUGGAGAGGAAAGCUCUACACACUGCUCCACACCGCCCCAAGUUCUGGGGGAGGUAUGUAGACGACACCGGCGUUGUGAACAGACAGGAACAUGAACAGGAACUCUUCGAUCACAUCAACACACAGCAUGACAGUAUCAAGUUCACUAUCGAGAGGGAACAAGACAACCGUCUCCCCAUGCUGGAUGUCAUGAUGGUCAGGAAUCCAGACAACACCAUUACUACAGAUGUGUUCAGAAAAGAAACCCACACCGACCACUAUUUACAGUGGUCCUCAAACCACCCGGUGCAACAGAAGCUUGGGAUAGUUAGGACUCUUAUGCACAGAGCCAACACCCUUAUUGAAGAUCCCGCGUUGAGAGAGGCUGAAAAGGAAAAAGUCAGAGUAGCCCUCAGACACUGUGGAUACCCAGAAUGGGCCCUGAGGGAGGGGGAAAACAACUCCAGAAAGGACAAAAGUAGCAAGGAACAGAGUAAGACUGGAGAACAAGAACAACUCCCAGCGAGUUACGUGGUUCUACCCUACAUACAUGGAGUUACAGAGAGGUUGAAACGUGUAUAUGCAAAACACAAUGUGAGCCUGUACUCCAAACCGGGCUUCACCUUACGUAAUGCCCUUGUGAGACCCAAGGACCCUCUAGCACCUGGUGAGAAGUGCGGUGUGAUCUACAAGAUCAAGUGUGAAGAGUGCGGGGAGGUUUACGAGGGGGAAAACAACUCCAGAAAGGACAAAAGUAGCAAGGAACAGAGUAAGACUGGAAAACAAGAACAACUCCCAGCGAGUUACGUGGUUCUACCCUACAUACAUGGAGUUACAGAGAGGUUGAAGCGUGUAUAUGCAAAACACAAUGUGAGCCUGUACUCCAAACCGGGCUUCACCUUACGUAAUGCCCUUGUGAGACCCAAGGACCCUCUAGCACCUGGUGAGAAGUGCGGUGUGAUCUACAAGAUCAAGUGUGAAGAGUGCGGGGAGGUUUACGUUG